AUGGUAGUUACAGUUAGCCUGGGUUUAAUGGUGAAAACAGGAGUUUCAAGGGAGAUUCCGGAAGCAUCAGGUAGAAUUUCUGAUGAAGAAAAUGAUGCAGAAAGGCCAUUGUCAUCAUAUGAACAAUAUUUAGAACAUUGUGCUGCUAAGUUAUACCCAAAUUGUGGUUCGAAUAUUUUCUCAGCUAUAUUUUUUGGCAAUGAAACCGUUACUUGUGAUUGCUGUGAGAAGCUUGUGAAUGAUGUAGGAAAACGCUGCCACGAUGAUAUGACAAAAUUCAUUUUGCAAAGGCCAGAUUAUAAGACAAAGAAGAAUCAGAUCCUUUGUAGAAGUGAUAGUGUUUGGAAUGAUUGUCUUUCUCUUGAAAACCCUCCUCUUCAACCCAUUGCUGCACCCUUUUCUGAUUCCGUUAGUCUUGAAUCAGACUUAUUUAUGUGA